CGGGCACUCGAAACAGAUUUGUUUACAUUUGCUCGGUCUGCAGCGAUAUCUUCUGGAAGGAGACCUUUGAAUUUUUCUGUUGGCUGGUGUUCUCGUUCGCCACAAUUCCUUUGCCCUUAUUUAAGGCCAACAUCGCAGGUACAGAUGUUCCAUCUUCUUACCCAUUGCUGACUCCCCCGCAUGGUUGUUUACUCGGCGCCACACGACGAGGUCGCAGUAUCGGAAAGUGCAUACCAUCACAAUUAUCAGGAUACAAUGCCAAGCCUUCAGUUAGUCUCACUGCCAAUGCAGUAUCCACAUUACUACACUCCCUACGCACCUCAAUUCUCGUCCGGCACAGAUGGACCCUCCAGCUCCGAGUCCUACAAUGAGCCAUCCUCCCGCCGUGAAGAAUUCGCCCAUAAUUUGGAGGCGUAUCAUGGCUCGUCAUCAUCCCGUUCACUGCCAAUGCAUUAUCCUCAUGACUACGCUCCCUACCCACCUCAAUUCUCGUCCGGUACAGAUGGACCCUCCAGCUCCUACCAUGAGCCAUCCUCCCGCCGCGAAGUGUCCUCAUACCAUGAACCAUCAUCCUACUCUGGAUCAUUCACCCAUAAUUCGGAGGCGUAUCAUGGCUCGUGGCCACAAUGGCAUGGCUCCGCCAUUGGUGAUCCGCAACCACCCGGUCCUAGUGUUCCAGAAUACCCAGUCCCAUCAAUGACACCUCUACCCCCGGCUACAGCAUUUUCACAGCCCUAUAUGAAUCACAGAGGUGACAUAGGUUAUCGUUCAUAUCAGCCAACAUCCUCCCAGCCACGUCAAGAUCUCCCCCGCCAUAAUUCACGUUCUCGCCAGAGUUCCCAGUCCCGGCGUCAUCAGCGUCAUUAUGGAUCUCAUACCCAGGAAACCCGUUACUCGCCAUCAACUGAAUUCUCUUGCGCUUGGAUUGUCGGAGACAAUACCACCUGCAAUUUUCAAGGUCCUUUGAAUGAAUUCAAGGCGCAUUUCAGGCGCUAUCAUUUGACAGGGCCGCAAGAUUCAGCAACUGAAUGUCAUUGGCAAGGUUGCAUGUAUCACGGACGUGGCAAUCCAAACAUGACACUCAUGCGGCGCGAUAGUGCAUGGCGUCACGUUCGAGAGACACAUCUGGGGAUCAGGAGGGUGAUCAGGAGGGUGAUCAGGAGGGAGAUCUGAUGAGGAGAAGCUGGUUUGUAUAUCUUUGUAUUAUUUAACCCUCCCUAUCAUCCUCUUGGUGCAGCUACCAUCGCUGUCAUCCGUU